CGUUUCACAUAGUUUUUUUUCCCUUUCGGGGAAGUAGUCCUGGUACAGUUGGGUUACUGACAUCAUUUCCUAGUGCUGUAAAUGUUGCAACGCUGCUUCGACAGAAGGUGUGGUACACAUUGGGAACUCCUGUAAAAUCCAGUUUGGGCUACCUCCAUCUGUGAGCUUCACCGCACUGUUAGAAUGGCAGACGUAUGGGAUGAACUGGACCUCCUCCUUGAUUCCCCAUCUUCGCUGACAACAACGUCUUUUGUCAGAGGAACGAUAAAGGACAGUCCUGGCUUCAAUGCAGGCGCAGAUGCUGCGGCUUUACGAAAGGCCAUUGAAGGCGUUGGUACAACUGAGAAGACUCUGAUCGAUAUUUUAACCCAGAGGAGCUGCGCCCAGCGCCAGCUCAUCAGUAAGACAUAUCAAGAAGCAACAGGGAAGAACCUCAUUGAUGAUCUAGAAGGGGAUACCCAUGGUGAUUUUGAAGACCUGCUGGUUGCACUUGUCACACCCCCAGCAGACUAUGAUUGCCAUGAAUUUAUCCGUGCUAUAAAGGGUGCUGGAACAACAGAAAGCACUUUAAUAGAAAUCUUUGCCUCAAGAUCGAACAAACAAAUUAAGGCCCUCUCAGAUGCAUAUUUAGCAGCAAAGGGGAAGACAUUGAUUGAUGCCCUCAAGUCAGAAGUAUCAGGGGACUUUGGCAAUGCGUUACUCAUCUUGGCUGAGGGAAAGAGAGAUGAGAGCUUGAAGAUGGAUGAGGGAAAAGCCAAAGCAGAUGCAAAGAUCCUGUAUGAGGCUGGUGAGAAGAAGUGGGGGACAGAUGAAAGCAAGUUCAUCGAAAUCCUGUGCCAUAGAAGUGUGCCUCAGCUGAGAAAAACACUUGUGGAGUACAAGAACGUGGCAGGUGGCAAGACCCUCCAGCAGAGCAUUGAAGAUGAAAUGUCAGGAUGUUUGAAGGAUCUGCUGGUGGCCAUUGUAAAAUGUGUCAAAAGUGUCCCCGCAUACCUGGCUGAAAGACUCUACAAAAGCAUGAGGGGUACGGGAACAGAUGAGGCUACUCUGAUUCGAAUAAUGGUCAGCCGCUCGGAGAUUGACAUGUUGGACAUCAGGGCUGAAUACAAAAAGCUGUUCGGCUAUUCACUGCACUCCGUCAUUGAGUCAGAUACCUCUGGGGACUUCCGCAAAACUCUGCUGAAGAUCUGUGGGGGAGACGACACUGCCUAAGCCAACCACUAGCAUUCAUAAACUAACAUCUUAAACAAAACAUGAAGACAAUUUUUAAAUAAUGUCACAACAACUGAGUCCCAACAAAACCAUGUAACUUCAUAAAGUUCCAUUUAUUUCAAGAAAAAAUAUUUUGAAUGCUUUGACCAAAAUGCUAUUUACUAUAUUUUUGUGCCAGAGUUCAGUAGAGAUUUGUAAGAAUUCAUUCCAGUUUAUACUUCUAAGGCAUUAACCUACCUGUGCUCUGAAACUUUGUUUUGACUGUUAUAAAAUAAAUAAAAAUUAAACACUUAAUUGUGAAUUUUGAUGAAAGAAGUGAAGGAAUUAAAUCAUAUGUCCAGCAGGUGGCAGUCUAAGCCAAACAUAAAUAAAUCAUGACCACUUCAGGAAAUUGAAUUCUGUCAAAGAAAAAUGUUCGCCUAUGUAGUGAUAGAGGAAUUAUAAUCUCAGAGUGCCGUUUGAAGUCUAUAUCCAUGGAAAUGCACUUGGUAUAAGGCAUUAUUUUGUGCUGUUACAUUCCGUGCUAUAUAAGGUUGUGUGAAUUGUGAAUCACAGUGAAUUAAUAAUAAAUUGAUUAAUUUUGUAUUCCAAAGAUAACCCUCUGUACACAAAUAAAAGCAUUUCAAUCU